AUUCAAACUCCUCAGAAACCCUGGAUUGUGUAGUUUGUCAAAUGAUGUUUUCUUUUCACAGCUCUGGCAGCCUUAAAAGCGGCGCUUAGCUAGCAGACUGUCAGUCGUAAUUAAGAACAAGUUCGGUUGUAAUUUUACUUCAAACGGAAAUUACCAUAUUUUGCAUAUUUUACUCCCAGGUUCAGCACAAGCGAGGCAGUCCGGAUUGGCUGCGUUUUAAUGGAGACGCUGUCAAAAACACCCGGUGCUGAUGCUACGCGGGAGAAGGAUCUCUGUCCACCUCCAGCACCCAGUGGAGUAGUAUCUGACGGCCUGUCACUCCCAUCUUAUAGAGAGUAUCCUGCUCACCGUCCCUUCAUUAACACACUACUGCAACACACACCCCAAACACGCACACGUCUGUCGUGUCGACCUCCAUCACCCAGCAAGGCAUUCCCAGAGACCAGCAGUGCAGAGAUCUUAUCUGCCUUGAGGAACCUCCAGGAGAAGAUCAAGAGGCUGGAGUUGGAGAAAGGACAUGCAGAGCACAGUCUGCACACUCUGGGGGAAAAUGCAUCACACACACAUCUGCAGCGGGAUCAAGUCACACAGAGACUCUUAAAGGAUCACACAGACACCAAAAGAGAGAUAAGUGGCCAGUCCAACUGCAAUCAAGUGUUGAUCACCCACCUGGCUGCUGCAGAGUCUCGCUGUGUGAAGCUGGAGCGCCAGCUGGAUCACAUGAGGAGGAUGUUGCGCAAUGCCAAGGCAGACAGGACCAGCCUGCUCCAACAGCAGGUUGCCAUGGAGACAGCUAAGUUAGCUAAUCAACAAUCUGACAAAGCGUCUGAGCAUGCCCAGUUGGAGAAGCUGGAGCGACUGGAGCAGGAGUAUUUUAGGCUGACUCGCACACAAAACAACGCUGAGAUGAAGAUUCGGGAGCUGGAGAUGAAACUACAGGAGGAGGAGCACCAGAGAAAACUGGUCCAGGAUAAGGCCAAUCAGCUACAGACAGGUUUGGAGACCAAUAGAAUAUUGCUGCAGUCCGUGUCACCUUGUCUGUCCAGCAGACAGUCCAAAGAGAAGAAGUCCAAUUCAAAGAAAUCUUCACCACAGCAGUCGUCCUACACAGAGCCACAUUAUAGGCUGAGCCUCAGAGAUGUACCUUUUGUUGCUGGAACGGUAUCGGUAGGCUGCAGCCACUCAGUCAGAGCCAACGUCCAGUCAGUUUUGUCUCUCCUGAAGCGACACCAGCCACACCUCUGCAACAGCCGCGUCCUCUCUAACACCGCAAACAGCUAUGAGACGGGUAGUCUCAGGCAUUCAGACAGCUCCUCCUCUUCCUCGUCCGCUAGCGGGCAGGAGUUAUCAGAGCUGCUGCAAGCACUACAGGAGGAGCUGCGACUCAUGAGCUUGGAGCAGGACGAGUUGAUGAGGCAGGAGGAGGCCAGUGUUUCUGACCAGGAAAGAAAAGAAGUUCAGAGGGAGCAGGAGAGGCUGCUGCUCAAAAUGGAAAGGAAAGGAGAGCAGAUCAGUAAGCUCUACAAACACAAAACACAGAUCAAGAAGUUAAGAAAGGAAGCUGAUUCCAGGCGCAACAGUGGGAAUGAGGUGCGAGUCAGUACCACAGUGUCCACUAGAGGUCGCUCUAAAGUUAGACCAGGAGAGAGGAGCAAGAGGAACCUGAGGCUGCUGAGGGACAUGAGGGCUCUGCAGACCUCAUUACGGACCUGAAACUCACCAGUAUAUGAACACAGCACAUUAGCUUAAACGUUUUGGUGCUAUCAACCUACCAUUAUUUCACUAUCGACACAGGCCCUGACUGUUUUUAUUGUAACUGUAUUCAAAACAUUGUAACAUCUAAAAAGAUCAACCAGACCUAAGCAUCUUGGCUCAAACGUCUCCCUGGAUCAGUUUGUUUGAUUUACUUGAUUUUUAAGUCCUUUACCAGCAGAGGGCAUGGCAUUCAUAAUUCCAUUUUAACUAUUAUAUAAUUGAAAAUCCAUUGAGUGCUGGAAAAUAUAUUUAGAAUGUGUUAUUUUAUGUAGUUUUUGGGCAUGGAAACAUAUUUUACAAUAAUGGACAACCUGGACAUAAACAAAUCUCAGAAUAAGUAAGCCAAAAUCCCGGGUUGCUUGAUUCCAGAUUCUCACAUUUCAUAAAUAUUGAUAAAUUGGAUGCAACAGCAAUUGGUACCCUGAAGAAACUGUAGUGAUGAAAUAUUUGAAUGCAAUUGAAUGUUGUGCUGAAGGACCUAAAAGUACACUGUACUCUAUUUAGU